CAGGACGAUGCUGAGGACGCGGUCCGUGCGCUUCUCCGCGGGCUCCGUGAUGCUGCGGCCGGGCUCCGCGCUGCUCCCGGUGCUGCUGCUGCUCGGGUUCGGCUGCUCCGUGUCCGAGGCUCGGGACUCGGACCUGAGCUCCGUGACGUGCGGCUCUUUGGUCAAACUGCUGAACACGAGACACAACGUGAGGCUGCACUCGCACGACGUCAAGUACGGCUCAGGCAGCGGGCAGCAGUCGGUGACCGGGGUGGACGCGGCCGACGACGCCAACAGUUACUGGCAGAUCCGCGGCGUGGGGCCCGGGCGCCCGUGUGCCCGCGGGACGCCCGUCAAGUGUGGACAACAACUGAGACUCACCCACAUGAAAACAGGACGGAACCUGCACUCGCACCACUUCACCUCCCCCCUGUCCAACAACCAGGAGGUGAGCGCGUUCGGCGAGCGCGGCGAGGGCGAUGACCUGGACGUGUGGGCGGUGCAGUGCGAUGGCGAGCACUGGGAGCGCGACGACAGCGUGCGCCUCCGACACGUUGGCACCGACGUCUUCCUGUCCGUCACCGGGGAAACGUACGGCCAUCCAAUCAGAGGCCAGCGCGAGGUCCACGGCAUGAGCUCGCCCGGACCGCACGCCCUCUGGAGGACGAUGGAGGGAGUGUUCAUCCAGCCCAGCGCCGAGCCAAUCAGACACGACGAGCUGUGAGGUCAUCGGGGCAAGACGUGAGGUCACAAGGUCUUAAGGUCUUGAGAUCCUGAGGUUCUUGAGGAUCUUGAGGAUUUUGAGGGUCUUGAGGAUUUUGAGGGUCUUGAGGAUCUUGAGGUUCUUGAGGAUCUCGAGGUUCUUGAAGGUCCUGAGGUCCUUGCGGAUGGUGGAGUCUUAGAUCAGCGGCAGGGCCGGUCCUGUUGAUGAUCUGUCACAGAAUUGUCUUGUUCAAACUUUUCUUUGGUAAAAUUGUCAUCUUCUUCCUGCCUCUGCACGGCGCCCCCUCCAGGCCUCAGCUCCGAGCACACGAACACCUGUCUGCUCCUGUCUGCACGUGUCACACCUGCCCCCGUACUGCACCUGUCGCACCUGUCGUUAAACAGACUCUUUUCCAUUGGACGAUUCUUUUUCUGUUUUAUUUAAACUUUAAAAUCUAAAAUCUCCUCCUGCUGUAAAACUCAGACGAGACGUUGUUUUUGCUUGGACCAAACUUUGCUCCUGUAACAGUCUGAAUAUUUACUCUAGAACCACCUGUCUGCACCUGUCUGCACCUGUCUGCUCCUGUCUGCUCCUGUCUCCUGUAUUCACCCGUCGUCAUAAACAGGUGUAAAAACAAACUCUGCUCCGUCAGAAGAGAAAAGUAGAUUUUAUUGUUGCUUGUUUUAGUUUGUUUUUCUGGUGUUUCUCUAAAGGGAAGUUUGUGAUUUAAUAAAGUUUUUUUAUUCUCA